GGAGUCCGGAGCGUUCAAAACACAGCUGCCCUCAAUCCUCUCUGAUUUUUUGCUUCCUGCCUUUUUCUCUCUUUUUUUGCGCUUAUUUCUGCCUCUGCCCCAGUUAUUUGAGCCACUUCGCGCUACUUUAUUCUUUGUUUUACUCGCUCUUUUUUAUAUAAUGUGGCUGCUUUCUGGAUAUUCUUUGCGAAACAGGGUUUUUUUGUCCGAGAUCGUUUCCACUAACAGCAUCUCACUGGUGUUUGUUUGUUGCUUUCGGUGGAUAUGGACUAAUUAAAAAACCGUAUAAAUGCACCUGCCGUCGAAGAGAUACUCUGCUUUUGAAAUCCAAGAGGUGUUUGUGCCUUGGGUGCAGCCUGGCCUGUACUGUGGUGGCGAUGAAGAACCCAGGAGCUGCAGAAGGCCGGCGGCUGGUCGGCCUAUUGGAGGCCGCUCUGGUCAGGGAGGCUCGCCUGUGGAAGGCACCUGUCUUCAAGAACGGAUGCAUCCAGGGCGCUGACAUCUCUUCAUCCCAACACCAAGAAAUGAUCCUUUGGCUCGGUGAGAUGAGCAGACUGUUCCACUUCUGUCCAGAGACCUUUGCACUGGGAGUCUGUGUCCUCAACAGACUGCUGUCCACUGUCAAGGCCCAACCAAAAUACCUGAAAUGCAUUGCUUUUACCUCAUUGGUCCUGGCUGCCAAAAUCAACGAGGAAGAUGAGGUAAUAGGCUCUGUUAGAGACCUGGUUGUGCAGAGCGGAUGCAACUUUUCAACAGCGGAGAUUCUUCGCAUGGAGAGGAUCAUUCUAGACAAGCUGCACUGGGACUUGUACACGGCAACACCGGUCGACUUCAUUCACAUAUUCCACGCCCUGCUCGUCUCCGGCCACCCCCACCUCAUUCCGUCCAUCGGUGUCGGCUGGGACUUGGCAACGGACCCCACUUCGCUUCCCGCCAGGUCAGGCCAUCAGAAGAGGCCUCCGGACUUCCAGGCGGCGCUGUGGACCAGGCAGGUGCAGCACUGUAUGGCCUGCCACCAGCUUUGGCAGUUCAAGGGCUCCACGUUGGCCUUGGCCAUCAUCACUUUGGAGCUGGAGGCACUCACGCCCGACUGGUUCUCCGUCUUUACCGACCUGCUGAAGAAAGCACAAGUUGACAGUGGCGAGUUCAUCCACUGCAAAGAGAUGGUGGACGAGUACCUACACAGCCUGGAGUUCUCCCUGCCGACCAACGCCGUCUACAUCUUCGACAGCGCCCAGAUCCAGGAUGAGGAGAGAGUCUGGAGCCCCACGCUGCGCCUCCGACAGGCCAGGAGGGAGCGCGGCAGCGACAAGCUGGGGGACUCGGAUGAGUAUUACGACGGUUUUAGGCGCUUGUAUAACGAGGAGACGACCCCGGAGGCGGGGAAAGGUGACGUCGAGGGUUUGUUCGAUUCCCAGCAGAAGAACGUCUCCCCCUGCCCACCGCUGCACCCCGCUGUCAACUAGCAGGACAUUUACUCACACCGUCCACCUUUUUUAUAAGUGCACAGUGCUCCCAAGUCCUAUACACUGUUAUUUAGCACAAUUUAGGGCCACAAUUGUAAGUUUCAUCCAAAAGUCACUCGCAUAUUGUAAUUAUUAGGAUUUGAUUUAAGAAAAAAGAAAAAAAAAACUUGAGGUCAAACUUAGUUAAGUGUUUUAGGCCUUUCUGUGCACUUAUUUACACCCAAAUGUGAAUCUGGAGGUGUGUGUGUGGAUCAGACCAAGUUAUUCUGAUGCCAUAACUUGUUUUCUGUGUUGACAGCCGGGCAGUUUGCGGGGAAUCGUUUUGACUGACUGAACUGAGAUUGAAUGUCUCUCUGUGAGCAGAGCUUUUGGUCCAUUUUAAGUUCUCUAUCUAUUAAUAUUGCCAUAUUUUUUUCUACUUUUUAACCUACCUGCCCUUUAUAUCUACCACAUAUGGUUUUUGUUUAAAGAGAUGGAGGUCAAGGAUGAGGAUGAGAUUUAGGCAGUUGUGUGUAUGUGUGUGUGUGUGUGUGUGUUGGGGUUUUUUUUGAGUGCGGUUGAGGUCAGGAAUGGCUUCUUUUUUUUUUUAUGUUUGAAAGUGGAUCCUGAUUGUGUUUGUUGUGAGGUAUCUUGGUGCUGAGGGUUCCCCCCAGAGCCACAUAGCACUUUGAGAUAAAGACAUGCUUUUUUUUAAUGCAAAUAUUUUUUCAGAAUCCUUUUUUUUUAUUUGAAUCUCUUACUCACUUGUACUAAACAUUUUUGUGCAACUUUAAGUUGUUUUUUUGUUUUUUUUAUUUACCAGUUAUUUACAUUUGACAAAAAAGCUUUAAUUUCAUAACUAAAUGCUGCAAAUGUUUUUAUUUCAUCAAUAUUUCAGCCUGUGUUGAUUUUUACUUUAUGCAAUUAUUGUUACAUAUCAAGCAAGAGCACCUUUGGGAGAUUAUUUCAACACUAGAAUAGAAUGACAAAAGUCAUUUUGACAUCAAGAGAUUACCUGAUUAGUCAAACAGCGUCAAUGUUUUCUAACAUUUUUUUUCUUAGAGCAUACUGUAUAAAAGCAUCAAUAAUCAUAGUCAAAGUAUUAUCACAAUAUUGAUGCUUAAGUAUUCAGUUUCAUCUCGUUACUGACGGUAACAAAACGUUUCCAUAAACUGUAAUUUAAUGUCGGCUGAAUAUGCAGUGUGGCCAGAGGGACUUUACCUCCACUGCCCAACAGUUGAAGUCUACAGACAUUGAACAGACUUUGGUCUUUUUUUUUUUUUUUUUGACUUUAGGCUGUUUAAAUUGUUUACUGUUUUCCGACAGAUGUAAAGCUCAGCAAUGCGAUCUUUAUAAUGUGAACUGGUUACUGUCCUCUCAGCUGUAAGGUUGGUUUUGAUUCAUCCAGUUGAGCUGGAUGCUACACCGGUGACCAAUGUAAAGGGUUUGUUUUUCAUAUUACUUCAGAUACUGAGGCAGCUAUAUCUUAUUGUUUUUGUCAAUCACAGAAAUAAAGCUAUGACUUCAAAAGUU